AUGUCAAAAGCAAAAUUGACAGCCGAACCCAAGCCAAAUCACACAGAAUCUCCAUCACCUUUCCACUCUCUGUCUUCAGGAGUCGACAGCCUUCCCCUCUCUUCUGGAAUUGACAGUCUUCCAGAAACCUUACCUUCAGACAGCCCUCCAAACGCAUCACAAGAAUUCGCCACCUUCGCUGAAUCACUGUCUAUCUCUAAGACAUCGGGAAGAGCUCAGAACAGAGUCGAGAGUGGAGAUGUCGAGCUCUCGACUGAAUUGGCGUUGGCGCACCAAGUUUGCGCUUUCGAACAACUUUUUCACGAAGCGUUGGCGGCUUUCCACGGAACGAAGCAACCUGCGAUGAGAUCUAGUCUUCGGGAGAAGAUCGACAGAAGCUCGGUGAAGGGAGUGAAGAGGGAGCUUAAAGGGGUCAAAGGUACAGAGAAGGAGGAUGAUAUCCACUAUCUGAUAGGAUUGCUUGAAAAGAUCACCGAUUCCCAGAGAAAUGCUAAAGACAACAUCAUCAACGAGAGACUGUUAACAUUAAUUCAGGACAAUUUCAUCAACGCUCUCCUCAAUCGACAAGUUGAACUUCGUACUUGUCGAAACCUCUCUGAUAAUCAAGUCGGACUUUUCAGAAGAAACACGUCCACUGUUGAACGAACAACCAAGAAGAGAUCCAGAAGUGGUAAGGACCGAAGUGAAUCAGGAUUUGGCAAGAUGGACAUGACAGGUAUUGAGUAUAUAAUCUUAACUCUUCCUACCUCCAAAAUACGAGAUAUCGAUGACGCGGAGAAGCAUCGCUUUCAUCCGGGGCUGUGUUUCGAACGACUCCGGGAUGGGAAAGUAACAGUGAUGAUGAACUUAGGUUUCGGUCGAUCAGUCAAUCACGCUUGCAUUUGCAACGUUGAUUGGGAGAUGCCGGAUGAUGAGCUAUACAAGCUCAUCGAUGCAGCUGAUGGUGGCGUAGCCACGCAGGAGUUCGAGUUCGUGCAAACUUCAUCGAUCAGACCAGGAGAAGAGCUCUUGGCUUAUUAUAGUGAAUUCUUCGCUAAGAACUUCUGUACCUGCCGAUGGGGAGAUAAGGAAGAUCAUAAUUAUUCUAGUAGUUCAUCUGAACAUGAUUCCUCGCCAGAUUACACCGAUAAGAAAAGUAACAAGAAGAAACGAUAUACGAAAAAGAAAUCAGCGCCAUUGUCUAAUAUGAAGACAGAACCGUCCGACCUCACUGAGAGACCGCUCAAGCGAAAUAGUAAGGAGAAUAUGCCAAUGCCAGAAGAUGCCGACAGGACGGUUCAUGAAGAUGGAUCGACACUCAAGGCUUCCGCUGAAAAUGAUUACUUGGAAAAUGAUAGAGGUGAAGCUUUACCUUGCACUCCAGAGGUCAACGCCUAUCCCAACGAGGAUUCAUAUCCAACUUUCCUCCCUUACCAGCCCAAGAAUCUUCAGUCUUCGCACGCUCUACAGACCGGAUUACCUGAAGGGGAGCCCAAGGACACGGCACACUUUCAUACUUCUCCUCAGCACCUUUCUGACAGUCCAACAUCCCUGACUUGGGGAUUUACCGAUGCCGAUCCAGAAGAACGUAUCAUAGGGCUUAGCGCAGCCACCUCAAAUUUGGCUGGAGACAUUCAAGACAAAAGAUAUGAUGAGCUAGAUAGGGCCACUAUGGACCUAAAUUCCUUCCCAUGGACACCGGUAUCCACUUCUAGAUCAAAGACUCCAAAUCCCGUCACAGCCUAUCAAAACACUAUGAUCCCAGCUCCUCUUGCGCAAAAAGCGACCAAGAGCGGUCGAAGUGGCGGAAGCCGAAAAGAUCGUGCUCGUGGAAUCUGA